UUAAGUGCAGUACUAGCCAUGAUUCAUCACAUUCAGGAGUUGAGAGCACGAUUGCCAAGGCUUCCAAGUUAAUUAAAGAACUUUCUUCAAAUCCGAUUGCCCAAACACAGAUGUAUACAAGAAGGAAAGGGAAGAGUUCAGCAAGGAGAGAGAGCUCGAGGCAGUUUCAUAGAAAUUUGGUAUGUAUCGAUUACUACCAGCAACCAAGUCACACUCUUCGUCAGCAUAAUAAAGUUUUCGAAGGUUUCAUUACCUUAUCCAGCUCUAUGACCGAGUCUAUUGUCCGGAAGGAAAUAAUCGAGAAAUUAAAGGACAAGGAUUACAUGUUUUAUAAUUUUGACACCCUUACUAGUAAUGAUUUUGAGUUUGUGAAAUGUGUUAACAGGCAUAUUUUUGUCCCUGAUGGUGCUACAGCUUAUGAUGGCAAUGGGAUAAUGUCACUCUACCGAAGUGGGAGUUCUAUAUACAUUAGACUUACUCGUCCCUUUUCAAAAGCAAGUUAUUCAUCAUAAAUUUGUCUGUCAUUAUUAUCAAUUUUUCUCUUCAUAGCAUGAACAGAGCAGUUCGAGUAAUUCAUCUGUUACUGAAGCCUCUCAGUCAUCACCACUACUUUUAGUGUCUGUGACAGCUCCUACUAUAUUGUCACCUACCUCAACUAUGCUAGCUCAACCGUCGAGUUUAUGUGUGUCGCCAUCAGUUCAUGCACCUACUAAUGUUUCAGCCUCUAAUGUCAAUGAUGUUGUUGUGUCUCCAUCCGUUAAUCUUCCUGUUGAUGUAUCUGCAUCUCCAUCUGCUACUCUUUCAGUAAUGCCAUCUGUUUAUGCUCCCACAGCUGUGUCAGUAUCUUCACUUAGUAGUGCACCUGUGUCAUACCCACCUCAGUCUGUUCAAGUGUCACCUUCUAUCAGUGCACCAACAAAUGUGUCUGUACUUACUACUCCUUCAACUCUUCAUCCUCAAUUUAAUGAUCCACAACAGGAAUAUAUUGAAAUACUAAGUGACAACAGUGAUGAGUUGACUAUUGAAGAUAGUAAUGUUCAACUAGCUAUUGAAGAAAGCGUUUCAUACAGGUUACAAAAUGAUCUUACUCAUUUUGAUAGUGUCGAAGAAUUACUUAAACAUCACGCUUUAAUGAAGUGUUUUGUGGCAGUAAUCCCUGAAGACCGGCAGAAUAUAGUUGUAAGGCGCAAACACAUUUGGAAUGAUGUGAAAAGGUCUCUCAAGCGUCCAGGUUUUAAUGAUAAUAUUGGCCUUCUCAUUAAUUUCAUUGGUGAGGAUGCACAUGAUGCUGGUGGACCAAGACGAGAAUUUUUUCGCCUAGUCAUGUCUAGUAUGAGUCGUGAUGGAAACCUUUUCACUGGUCCUCCUUCUAAUAAGACUCUGACACACAAUGUCAUUGCCUUGCAAAGAAAUGAGUUUCAUAUAUGUGGCCAUUUGAUCGCACUAUCAUUGUUAUAUGGUGGUCCUGCACCCAAUUUUCUUUCUAAGUCAGUUGUUGCUUACUUAUUAGAUGAGCCUUUAGACACAACAAUGAUUGAAGAUAUUCCCGACUCUGACAUACAGUCAUCUCUUCAUAAAUUGCUAGAUGCAAGUUCUAGUGAAGAAUUACGAGCUCUUUUUAACUCCUCUGAAUUUGACUUUCGUUUUGAUGCUGGUGUCACCAUUUCAGUCUCUGCUGUGAAAAUUGAAGAGAAGGAAGAGCUAAUACUUGCAUUUGUCAACAACUACCUGAUAUAUUCUUGCAAAGGAGAGUUAGAUCAGUUCAAAAAUGGUCUGAAGAGUUUAGGAAUUCUUGAACUGCUUCAGCAAUAUCCUACUCUAAUGAAACCUUUGUUCGUGUAUUCUAAGGAACCAUGUAUGAAAGCAACAACAUUCCUUAAGAUGUUUACUAUUAAGUGGUCACCAGAAGGGAGUAACACAAGGGAAUCGGAAGAAGCAGUCAUUUAUUGUUGGACAAAUUAUGUACACCAAUGUGCAGGAUCUGGUCGCCAAGUUGGUGAAGUAGCUGUAAAUUUAUCAAGCAUAUUAAUUUUUGUCACAGGUUUGGAUUGUAUACCUGCUCUAGGGUUUGCUAGUCCUCUGGAAAUUGAAUUUAUAAAAGACAAUGAUAAAGGGAGGUUGCCAUCAGCCUCCACAUGUACGCCAGCGCUAUACUUACCUCUUUCAUUGACAGAUGAAGAUAUUUUUUUUGAAAGAAUGGACACAGCAAUUAUUGGAGCACAAAUGUUUGGUGUUCCAUAGCAAGUAUAAUUAUUCCAAGUGUUAUGUUAAGCACUGAAUUCACUUUUCACUAUGUUUAUAUUUAA